AUGGCAGAAGAAGUUCAAGAAGGGCAACAGUUGAGCGACAGCGACAAAGCAGCCGAAAAACCAGCUCAAGACAAUCCUGAUCAAGAGACGGAACAAAAAAACGUGCAGCUGACUUCGUCAGAGCCACCACAAGGUAGUGAUCCUGUGGCACAAGAGGAGUCCAAACCAGAAACAGGAGAUAGCUCAGCUCCACAGGAGCCCAUCUCCAAUGAAGGCGGUACAGAAUCAUCUGAGAGUGUAGAGCCUGUGAAAGAUGCAGGUGAAGGACUUGCUGUAAGUGAGGAACAAGGAAAUCAGAGGGAAUCAGAGGAAAACACACCUGAGGAAAAUGAGAAUAACAAUGUUAAGAGUGAGGAAAAUUCAGAAGUACCCAAGGAAGAGACAGAAGUUAACAAUGAUGGUGAGAAAAAGGCAGAGUUACAGGAAGGUGAUAGUGUGCCACAAGAGGAAAGUAUUGCUCAAAAACCUGGUUAUGAACAACAAGCUGAGGUGAAACCAGAAGAGAAGAGGGAGGAACCUACAGAGGAAGAAAACAAAGAGGAACAAGGUGCAGUCAGCCAGGAGGAAAACAAGCCAGCUGAUGGAGAAAGUAAUGUUCAAAAACCCAGUGAGGAGCAACAAGCUGAAGGAACAGCAGCAGAAUCUGAAAAUAAGGAUAUAGCAGAGAAGCAAGAAAAUGAAUCAAAUGGAGAAAAAGGAGAUGCUCCUGACAUAACCAAUACCAAUCAAGAAGAAGCUACAAAGGGCACUAUAACUACAGAAGAUUCUUCUCAAAAACCCAGUGAUAAGGAUGAAGCUGAUGGAGCAACUAAACCAGACAUAACACCUGUAGAGACAGACAACAACAAAGAUAAUCAGAUAGUACAAGCAACUCCAGAGAAUGAACCCACAGAUGUGAAGCAGGAAGAGGUUUCAGAGGAAGCUGACAAGCCUGUGGAGAACCAGGAACAUAUUCAGUCAGAUGCUCCACCCACAGAACAACAGCCUGCUGUGACAACAACACAGAUUGCUACCGUGCCUGCAAAUGAAGCACCACAAACCAAACAAGAUGAACUUCAAGAAGAGAACAAAAAAUUAAAACAAGAUAUGUUUAUGAUGAAACAACAAGAGGAUGCCUACAGAAUCAAAGUCCUUAGCUUGGAACAAGAAGUUGGAAAGUUAAGAGCAAGAAAAAUUGACAAUAGAAGUACAGAUUCACUUGCCUCAGACUCGGACAGUUACUUAAAACAGAAAUUGGCAGAAACUGAGAGGGAACUAGAUACAGCAGAGAGGAAAGUGAAGGACUUGCAGCUGAGACUGAAACGAUUUGCUAAAGAUGAUCAGAUUAAGGAUGAAAAAAUCUUCCAAAUGGAAAAGGAGGUCAAAGAAUUAUCAGAACAUAUAAAGAAAUUAGAGCGCUCAGUGGAGGAUUCCAAAACAGAGAACAAUAAUAAUGCAACCCUACAGGCAAACCCAGACAAAAAUGAUUCAAAAGUUUGUAUAAUUCUCUGAUAUUGAAAAUUGUUUUUAUACUCAUUUUUAUUUAUUUUUUGAAUUGUUAUGGUUGACUAUAAUGUUGGAUGUUGAAUAUUUAAAUGUGCACAAAUGAACUUUUUUUAUUGACAAAGGCAUUUCAAUACAAUAUUCAUAUGACUUGUGUAUUCUGUAAUUAUUAAUAUAUUGACAUGUUAUUUUCAUCAGUUAUUUGAGGUUUGUUAUAAGCAUUAUACUCUAAUUUAUGUUGAGGAAAAAGAAGAAUUCUAAGUUGAAUUCCUCCAACAACUUUAAUUUGUACAUUAAUAGUAGGCAACCACAUUUCUUUUGAGGCAAUAUACAGAUCACAAGCAUUUUCUUAUACAAGUAGACAGUAAGCAGGAUUUUGUAAUUCUUGUUUAGCAGACAUGUAAGCCUAAACAUUAUUUUUUGUGAAUACACUAUUUUUGAUACAUGUAAAUACUUUUUUCAGAUAGCUUACUUUGUACAAUUGUCACAAUCUGCAUACCUGACAACUAAGUUGAUCUGACAUCUGGAAUGUUUUACAGGAUUCCUGUGGUAGACUUGACUCUUUCUGAAAUCCAAACAUCUCAUUUCUCAUUGACUUGAAAAAGGAACAAAAAAUAACGAUGAAAAUUAAAAGUUUUUGUAUAUAAUUCCUCAAAAAAAAUCUACAUUAACUUAUUUCUUUCUAAGGCCCUAAUGGUAUUUCAGUAUGUAUACCAUUUUAUAUUUUAAUGUCAGAGUUACACAGGAUGCCAAAAAUAGUUGAAUGUGUUUGAUACUUAUUGUUUGAUGUUCUGUUUUAAGAACACAGUUUUCCAUUAUUACCUAGUAAACUCCACUAAUCACAGAACCACAAAGACUGACAAAGUAUCCAUAGAAUGGAUGACUGCACAAGUAACAACCACGUCAAGUUUCAUUUAAUCAAUUGUUUUUUCACUCAAAAAUUGCCAUGUUGUUUCAUGAGAUUUAAUUAAAUCAAUGAAUGAAGA